AUGCGCAACUUGAAAAACGUGCGCCUCGCCGAGGUGCAUCUUCAGAAUGAGCUUCCUCUCACGGCUACCGCGUGGGAUACAGCUUCGGACGCUGUAGUUUGUACCUUUGGACCUACAGAGGCGAACCCCAUCAUUGAGCUUCGGAGGAAACACCAAGACAGCUACUUUACGAACCCUGUAGGCGCAGAAGUAUUUGAAUGCAUCGCAUCCUGGGAUGCUCCUUGCCCGCUACCUGAUUUGCGCUGUGAUCGGGUUCUCUCGCUACAUUACUUCGCGGACAAUCUCACCGCGUGCUUGGUCUUGGAGGGAGGCGAUAUCGUCAUCGUUCGUGAGGAUCCCCUUCCGGGCGAAGAUAAGAUCGAGAUCGUGGGUUCAGUCGAUGUUGGAAUUGCAGCAGCCGCUUGGUCUCCGGAUGAGGAGCUACUGGCUCUCACAACUAGAGCCAAUACCUUUCUCUAUAUGACUAGAGAGUUUGAGAAUGUUGCUGAAAUCACCUUCACCCCCGAAGAUCUUAAGGCAUCUCAGCAUGUCUCCGUGGGCUGGGGCAAGCGAGAGACACAAUUUCAAGGAAAGAGAGCCAAAGCCCUCAGGGACCCCACGAUACCUGAAAAGGUAGGCGAGGGCCGAUUGAGCAGCAACGAUGACGGCAGAACUACUAUCAGCUGGCGCGGUGACGGCGCCUACGUGGCUGUGAACAGUAUCGAAGCGGGUGUUCGUCGCGUGAUUAGAGUCUAUUCCAGAGAAGGCACUUUGGACAGCGUGAGCGAGCCAGUCGACGGUCUAGAAGGUGCCCUUAGCUGGCGGCCCUACGGCAAUCUGAUAGCGGGAAUUCAGAGGCUUGAAGACAAGGUCGAUGUGGUGUUUUUCGAGAGAAACGGCUUGCGCCAUGGAGAGUUCUCACUUCGCCUCACCGAGGAAGAAAGAGUAUCCUGGGCCUCGGAUAUUCAUCUCAGUUGGAAUGUCGAUUCGACAGUCCUUGCUGUCUUGUUCCGAGAUCGCAUACAGUUCUGGACCAUGGGUAACUACCACUACUAUCUCAAGCAAGAGGUUCCUGUGCUGGUCAAGCCGGAUUAUCCUCAUCCUUUUGUCUUCAAAUGGCAUCAAGAGAAGGCUCUACGCUCUGUUGCUUGUGGCUCAGCGUCUAUUCUGGACCUGGACUAUGUCUUCGACGUUUCCCAUGGUUCGACCGUCUCACCUCAUGACGUCGGUGCUGUUGCUGUGAUCGAUGGAAAAAUCCUGAAGUUGACGCCCCUAAGGCUAUCGGGAGUUCCUCCACCAAUGGCUCACAACGACGUGCCAGUGGACUCAAACGUAGUCGAUGUCGCAUUCAGCAAGUCUGGCACUCGGAUAGCGGUCCUCAUGAGAGAUUGCUUCUCUAUCUACAUGUGGUCACUGGAGACUCGUCCUGUUCCUUCUCCAAUACUCGAGUCUAGCCAUACCUUGCCGGACACGGUUGACAAUCGGCCACGACAGAUCGCUUUUUUGAACGAGAAUGAAGUCUACAUUCUCAGGAACAGUGGACCGAACAGUGUUUGUAUUCAAAGAACAACGCUCGAGACUCGAUCGACGACCACCGUCUAUCAAACAACAGACUCGGAGCAGAUUCUCACAAUUUUUCCAACCCUUGGACAUGAAGUUUUGUGGUUUUCGCAUGUCCGUCAACCUGGACGUCCAAUCGCAUACUCUGUCCUAAAGGCCUUCUCCGAAGAAAACGUCGAAGUGAAGUCCUGGGAUCAGAGCCCUGCUGUCGACACUCACUGGGCUCGGGCUGUCCACUUGUCAGAUGAUGAGCGCAUUUUAAUUUCAUUAUCGAGGACCGGGGCCCUUUAUGCAAAUAAUCAACUGCUUGCAAAAAAUUGCACGUCCUUUCUCGUGACCCAAGCACACGUCUUGUUUACUACUUCCCAGCAUCUUCUCAAGUUUGUUCACUUGACAAAAGCAGAAGGGAUGGAAGUUCCUGCCGACACCCCCGAGACAGACGAACGAUGCCGAAGUAUCGAACGUGGAAGCAAACUGGUAUCCGUCAUGCCCUCUAAAUUUGCCGUCACCCUACAGGCACCCAGGGGCAACAUAGAGACAAUCUACCCUCGAGCUCUGGUCUUGGCCGGCAUCAGAAACUACAUCGACAGAAAGGACUACCGCUCCGCGUUUCUUUCCUGUCGCAGCCAGAUGGUAGACAUGAACAUACUUCAUGAUUACGCACCUGAACAGUUCCUGGAAAACGUUGCAUUAUUCGUGGAUCAAGUGAAGAGGGUUGAUUUCAUCGAUGAAUUCCUAUCCCGGUUGAGUGAGGACGACGUCUCGCAAACCUUGUACAAGGACACUUUGAAGACACCCAAGGAAGUUCAAACCACGGUUCAGCCGGAAGGUACGGCCUCUUUCAAGCCGGCAACUAAGACCAGCAAGGUGAACCGGAUCUGCGAUGCGUUUUUGGCCACCCUUGAGAAACGCUUAGACACCAACUUGCAUAACCUGGUCACUGCACAUGUUUGCAAAUCGCCACCGGAUCUCGAAGCUGGACUUCAGCUUGUCGCUCGCCUGAGAGAACAAAGCGCGGAGCAAGCAGAGGACGCAAUUGAGCAUAUGUGUUUCCUCACAGAUGCUCACCGUCUAUACGACCAUGCAUUGGGUCUCUACGACCUCGAGCUCACCUUGUUGGUUGCUCAACAGGCUCAAAGGGACCCUCGAGAGUACCUCCCAUUCCUGCGGAAACUUCAGCAGCUUCCCAACGAUCGACGCCGUUUCGAAAUAGACAACUAUCUUGGCCGCUGGGCCAAGGCUCUGAAGCAUCUCCAUACUCUCAGUGCCUAUGACGAGAUGCGCGCUUAUGUCAUAAAGCAUGAGCUGUACAAAGAAGCGAUUGACUUGUUCAAAUAUCAGCCAGAGCAGCUGCGUGAUAUAACACAUAUCUAUGCUGACUUCCUGCAUGACCACUCCAAAUACAAAGAAGCAGGAAUCGCUUACGAGUCUCUUUCGCUCUACGAAGAUGCAUACAAGUGCUAUCACCUGGCGCACCUCUGGCGCGAGUCUCUAUACUGUGCCCUAAUGGUUCCUCUAUCGGACGCCGACCUCACCGCACACGCACUUGCUCUAUCGACUACAUUGACAGAAGAAAGCCGCGACUACGUCUCUGCAGCUCAAAUCCACGCAGAGCACCUGCACGACAUACCGGUAGCCGCCCGUCUGCUCUGCCGCGGCUCUCGCUUCGCGGAUGCAACGCGUAUCCUCGCGCUCCACGGCAAAAAAGAUCUUAUCCCGGAGAUUGUGGACACAGGUCUCGCAGAUGCCAUGGGAACCACGACGGACCUCCUCGCCGACUUCAGGUCACAGUUGAAUGCCCAGGUUCCACGUAUCCGAGAACUACGUGAACGGCGUGCAGCCGAUCCCCUAGCCUAUUUCGGUGGUGAUCCAACCACCGGUGACCUAGGAGUUGAUAUUCCAGAUAACGUCUCUCUGGCUCCCACGGACGCCUCCACACUGGCUGGUCGCACCAUGUUCACGAGGUACACAGGCAAAACGACAUCCUCACGACAUACGUCCAAGACCCGGCGGCGUGAGGAGCGAAAGCGGGCGCGUGGUAAGAAGGGCACGGUCUACGAAGAGGAGUACCUGGUCAACAGUGUGCGUCGACUCAUUGAACGGGUCAACUCGACUGUUCCGGAGGUGGAAACGCUUGUUGACGCACUCCUGCGGCGGGGGAUGCGCGAGCGCGCCGUUGCUAUUGAAAAAGCUAUGCAGGAAGUGCUAAAGAUGUGCGCUGAAAGUAAAGAGGAAGUGUUCGGCGCCCCGGAACAAGACGAGAGUGAGAAUGCCGAAGAGGGCCUCGACGGGGAAAACGUCGACGGUGCCGAAGAACUUAGACCUCGUGGGGGACAGCGCGUGUUCGCUGAGAGUGUCACAUCCGUGCUCGGCACCGGUAAACCAGGGCGGGAAGUCUCAGCGGUCAAGGAAAUGAAGAAAUCUGCCCUGCUGAACUAG